AUGUCCUCGGCACUAAGCAAGCGUCAGCAGGCGCGCAACGAAAAGGGCCUGCAAGACCUCCUCCACAACGUUCCCGGUAACAACUUUUGCGCCGACUGUCAGGGACGGAAUCCCGGUUGGGCAUCAUGGAGCUUGGGUAUCUUCCUGUGCAUGCGAUGCGCCACCAUCCACCGCAAAUUGGGCACCCACGUGUCCAAGGUGAAGUCGCUGAGCAUGGACAGCUGGACCAACGAGCAGGUCGAUAACAUGCGGAAAGUCGGCAACGUCGUGUCUAACAAACUAUACAACCCCGACAACAAGAACCCGCCCGUCCCGAUCGACGCCGACGAAGCUGACGGCGCAAUGGAGCGAUUCAUUCGCCAAAAGUACAUCGCCCGCACCUUAUCCAUCGGCAAGCGGCGUCCCGGCGGAGACUCGGACGACACCCCACCCCCGCUUCCCCCCAAGACGCCGAGCCGGUUCGGCCUCCGCUCCGCUUCCUCCAUAUUCCCCCUCGGGUCGAAGGCGAAAAAGGCGGCUGGGCACGAGCCGACCAGCCCGCAGGGCUCGCAAACCCAGCCGCCGUCUCGGAACAACUCGUCCGGGCUAUUCGGUGUGAGUGUUGAACGCGACCGGUCUGAGGGAGAUGAGACGGAACGGAAACUCGCCAGGCUCCGGGAUAUGGGCUUUCUGGAUGAUCAGAAGAACUCCAUGGUGCUGAAGGGCGUGGGCGGGAGCCUGGAGAAGGCGAUCGAGGCGUUGGUGCGGCUAGGGGAAGGGAGCGGAAGGACGCCGGCACACUUGACACCUGCUAGGGCUGCAACGAUGCCGGUAACUCGAAGUCUCACACCCGGCGCAAACACGGAAACCGCUCGUAGUCGUCCCAUCAGCCCGGCCAGCACGAAUCCCUUCGACAUGCUCGACACCCCGCCCCCGCCACAGCCGCUCUCUUCGCAAUCGACCGGCACCCUGCAAACUAAGAACCCCUACCUCUCGACGAAUCCGUUCGGCGCGCCGCAGCAAGCCCCCUCGGCAUUCGAUCUCGCCUUCCAGAACAUGUCUCUGGCGCCACCGUCGCACCAGCCUUUGUUCCCUCACCAUACGGGCGGUCUAGCACAGCAACAGCAAAACACGCAGCAACAUAACGGCCAGGCGCUCUACCAGCAGCCGAUGAAUGGCCCGCUGACAGCCCCGCUGCCGACGGCGUCACAGGGUUACUCGGGCAUGGCCAUGCACGGCAGCCAGACGUAUCCGCAGCCGAUGCAGCCAGCCACGACCGGUUACAAUCCCUUCUUUCCGGCCCAGCCACAGCAGCAGCCGCUGUCGGUGAACACGGCCCAGUUUGGUGGCAACAUGGGCAGCAACCCCUUCACCCGGUCACCCACGAGAAUCCAGUCGCCAACCCUCUCACAAAUCCCCGAACAAACACAACAAAACUUUUAUGCGCAACAACCGGCGCAACCCAUGCAAACCAUGCAACCCCAGGCGUCCAAUCCCUUCUUCAGCCAGAUGACACCGGGCGCGCAACAGUAUCCGGGCCAGAUGCAGACGCCGAUGCAAAUGGCCCAGCCGAUGCCCCAGUACAUGGGUAUGGCUCCACAAGGGACCGGCUACAUGCAGCAGCCGCAACAGCAGCAGCCACCGCGGCCCGAUAAAGCGUCAAUCAUGGCGUUGUACAACCAUUCUCAACCAACACCCGCCCAGGCUCCGUUUCAGGCCCAGGGAGCCGGACAGGCUACACCAGCACAGACGCCCAACUCGCUAUUCUCGUCCCAGACCUUUCCGCAGCAGCAGCAGCAGCAGCAGCAGCAACCCCAGCAAGGCCAACCACAACCACAGCAGCAGCAACAACAAGUGCCGCAACCGACGCCCGUGAGCCCGGGGACGAUGAGCAAGAACCCGUUCAUGAUGGCAACGGCGACGGCGCAGCAGCCGGCACCGAAGCAUAAUGUGAGCCGGGACAGCAUGAUGGCCGUGGGCCUGGAGUGGUCGAAUGGGCGGCACAGUCCGGAUGCGUUUGCUAGUCUGAGCGCGAGGGAUACCCGCUGA